AUGCAGCUUCUCCCAUAUCUGCAAUCUAAUUUGACAGGAUUUAAGCAAUUGGAAAUCCUCAACUUCAGGAAUGGUAGUGUUGUGGUGAACAGCAAGAUGAAAGUAGAAAAAGAUGUGCCACAUAACCUGACACAGGCCGUUCACUGUGUGCUAGAAGACUUCUGCAACACUGCAUCCAAACGACUAGACAUUGAGAUUGACAGUCGCUACCUGGACAUAGAACCUGCUGACCAAGCAGAUCCCUGCAAGUUCUUGGCCUGCAAUGAGUUCUCCCAAUGUGUGGUAAACAGUUGGACCCAGGAGGCUGAGUGUUUGUGUGACCCUGGUUACAGCACUACGGACGGUCUGCCCUGCCAGAGCAUUUGUAACUUGGAGGAAGAAUACUGCUUCAACGGGGGCCUUUGUGACAUCAUCCAGGGUCAUGGAGCCACCUGCAGGUAG